CCCUCAGUCUGUCAUUGUUUUCUCCGUUGCUCCCCGGUUGCUCCCUGUGCUUCGCUGGCGACGUGAAUCCAACGGAAAGAAACAGGCAUGAUGUUUCCGAAGGAGAGAAAUGUACCAACAAAUCCCACAACCCCAGCGGUCACCCAUGGGUGGACCGGCAAGACGUGUUUGACCCUCACAUCCAUCACCGGUCCAUCAUGCUCAGGAUCAUCUCAGGGGUCAGGUCCCCGUUAGGCGGGGCCUCAGCCAGCUGCACCUCCUGCGCAGCCCCCUCUUCCUGGGGUAGCUCCUCCAUCUGAAUGGUCGACUUCCCUCCACCGACCACCACCUCCUCUGUGGCCUCCUCGUUGCCGUCCUCCUGGUCAUCUUGUUCGGCGCCAACCUCCUUCUUCACAAUUAUGUCAUCCACCUCUCCAGUGACCUCGUCCUCCACACGAAUGAUAGCAGCCGCUGUUAAGAGAGUUACAGCAACCGUGCCUCAGCAACAGCGUGCCGUGUCUCCCCAAUGGAGCUGCCGUUGGGCGGACCAGCGCUCAGGCACUACACCCAGAGCAGACCGAGACCUCACCGACAAAAACUGAACUAUCGUCCCAGCAGACCGCAGGAGACCAUAAUUGAGAGUGACAAUGAAGUCCUUGAGCUCAUGGGGAGGGUGGAUGAAGGAGUUGAAGAGUUCUUUACUAAGAGAGUACUUCCUACAGAUGCACUAAAAAAGCAAGAUGAGGAAUCUAUCACGGUUCACGAAGUGGCUCCUGCGAGCUCUGUCCCUUGUCCACCCCCGACGAAAACACUCAGGAGGAAGCUUGGCGAUUUCUUUACACUCAAAAAGAGGCGAGGUCUGAAAUCAGAAACAAGCCACGAGGGGCGUCCCAAAAAGGCUUCCAUCGCUGAUCUCAUCCGCCCGCUCAGGGAGGUCGCCAGAGCCGAGAAAGAAAAAGAUAAGGACAGAGUGAAGGAACACGACAAGGAAAAUGAAAAGGAGAAAGGCCAAGAGCAUCCCAACGCUGCUGGAGAGUCAGCUGUUCAGGAGACACCUGUUUCUGGUGCUCCGCCGCUGAGGGCUGAAGGGGUGCCUCCCCGCCGAGCUCUCAGAGAGGGGAAGUCCCAGUCUCUCAUUUUGCUCUCUGGAUCAGCAGCAGCGGGGACCACUAACGCCAGAAACACUACAAAGAAACAAUUCGAAGGCCAACAUAGCUUUGAACAGAAACUCCAUCUCAUGCUUCAACGUAUUGGAGUUUCCAAAGCCCAACCAGGAGAGACACAGAAUCAGGAGGGAGAGAUGAAAAAAGCAGAAUCUGAAGGUACAAUCAUUGACAGUAAACCUGAGCCACCACCUACUUUCACAAAACCUCGAACGAUGUCGGCGUCGUCAGAUACAAGGCAUCAGAUUCGCCCAAGUGUGUCAGCACAUGAGUCAGCUGGGAAACCUGCUCUGCUUCCAAAGCCAGUUAUCAAGCCGGUUCCAACAUCCGGCCGCAACACUCCUGAGAACGAGCUAGCUCAAAUACAGGAAGGGGAGACAAACACGCCCACUAAACUGAGUCCAACUGCAGCCCCGUCUACCCCUGCUGCUCCUGCCCUCACUGCUACCACCACUCCUACUGUACUGACAAUCUCAAACUCAGUCCCUGACUCAACCAAUUUUACAAUUUCCCCUUCAAGUACUGUACCGUCCUCUGACACCGAUAUAUGCACUGACUCUGUUAACCCUACUGCAGCAGCUACAACACCCACAAAUGUUACAGAGCCCGACAGCAAACCCUCCAUCCCUGAAGCCACUACCACUGAACUACCCACCGCCACAUUUCUGACAACCCAUACAAGCUCCACUACACCCACAGAGCCCCCCGCCACUGUCUCAGUUACUUCCACUUCCUCUGAGUCCAUUACUCCAAGCCUCUCUGUCACUUCCAACUCAGCAACAAUAACUGCGCCUUCCAUUACCACCUCGGAAACUGUUUCUGCUCCUAGCAACAAAAGCCCAGUUUCCACAGCAUCAACACAUCUGUCAACUGAAUCGGCUUUCCCAGAGCCAGAUGGUAUUCUCUCAUUUGCUGCUGCUGCUCCUGAUGCAGCUAUUUCUGUCAUCACUACAUCUUCUUCUUCUUCUUCUUCACCCUCCACCAGCACAUCAGAUAUGCCAUCCGGCUUGUCUACUACCACCAAUUCAGUUCCUGAAGCUGGUGAUGAGUCUACUUCAGUCACCUCCGCUUGCUCUGUAACUUUAGUUUCAUCAGUCACUAAAACAACAUCCCCACCUCUGAACUCAAGUGAUACUAUUACAACUCCAGUUACGCCUGACGGACCCAUUAUCACUUCAUCCUCCUCUGCCCUUCCUCCCACCAGCUCCAUCUCUUCCACCACCACCACCACUACAAGCCCAACAUCCACCGACUGCAUGAACUCUGUGACUCCUUCCACCAUUACUCACCCAGGCACUUCUAGCCCCGCAGAUAACUCUGCUCCCUCCACUUCUUCCAGUGAAACAAACCCUACAGACACCACCACCACCACUACCAGUUUAAACCGUGCAGACACCACGUCCACCACCAGUUCAACAGCCGCAACUGCAAUUAGCUCCCCACUCCCGACUGACUCAGACCCACCUUACACUAAUGUCAGUACUGCCCUCACACCGACUAUCUCUGACAUCCCCACUACUGAUAACUCAAGUGCUACAUGUCACCAUUCGACCAGUUCAGCCCCCUCUAAUGAUAGUCCAGGCCAAGAUAACGAUUUACAGACAUCUCCUGAAGAAAGAUCCAGUGUAGAACCUACAGAGAAGAGCACAGCAGAUGGGGAGCUUGAGAUGGUUAAAAAGAGCAAGCAAACUGAGAUGGAUGAGAGCCAGAAAGUCAUGGACGGUGGGAAGGAGAGCGAGAGUAAAAAUGAGAAACCGGCUCCGGUCAACAGCGAUGUGAUAAAGGAACAAGCGCAGGAACAAAGUAUGAAACCUGAAGAAGACACAGUGAAAACAGAAGUGGGAAUGGCUGAACCUACAUCAGGGAAAGAUGGUGCGCUGCAUAGCGAGGGCGAUGAGGAGGUGGUAGGAGAUCAAAAACAAGACGAAACCAAGUCAGUGAGUGAGAAGUAAAUCAGAAAUAAAGAAAUUGCUAAAUAUGGGACCAACUACUGUGACAGGGGCAGGACAGACCACAGUAAAGGGUAAGGGUGGGGGGAAGGGGGGGGGGGGUAUGUUCCAUGGCACUUCCUACAGGGACCAUCACAUUACAGCAGCACACCACAAAGGGUGGGCCACUGGACCAAAGAACUGAGAUCCCCUUGGUGUGAUGUAAUCAACAAAUCCAGCAGUGUCUUUGUCCUUUUUUAACUUAUGUUUGAAUUUUUGCAUUGCACGUAUGAUUAUGUACCAUAAGACAACUACUGUGGUAAAAUACACCAUGUUUACAAUAGAUGGAUAAGAGACAUAGUUAUGAAUAUUAAAUGGAAUAUUGAAUUGACUGA